UUAGUGUCAAAUGUCAACACAAAUUUUCUCAGAAUAUUUGUUUUUACAAAUUUAUUUCAAAUUUAUUUUUUAUAUUAUUUAAACAAUUUAACAUUAACGAGAUUAGUAAAAUAUUCAAUAAUAAUAAUUCUACCUAAAAUUGAUUGAGGCAUUGCGACCUCGUAUAGAAAUUUGUGAAAAAUCUGUGAUGUGAUGCCUGUUUGCAAGCAAAAUACUAAGCAACGUUUGCUGCGCUCCGAUAUUUUGAUGUGUUUACCAUGUGGUAUGCGGCUAUUCUGCGAUUUAUCCGGCGACGGCUUGUCUUGGGUAUUAUCUUCUUGUUUUCCCUCACAUACUGCUUGGUCAAUCUAAUGGGAAAUGGUGGACCACUGUCGAUGGAGGCAGACGAAUUCGAAAUCCGCCGUGAAAAGCCAAUGAUCUGGCGCACCCUACAAGAGGAGACCAAUAGAACCAACGACCUUACGGCAACUUGCCGUAAUUCUGUUCAAGGAAAAGUUCUCAUAGUUGAUGACAGAGGCUAUGUUUGUCAGCGCUCGGAUCUGCUCUGGACAGGAUGUUGCAAUGUCGAAACCGAUGCAACCAAAUACUAUAGCUGCGAGACCUGUAACGAUGCACACUGCUGUGCCAUUUAUGAAUAUUGUGUAUCAUGUUGUGCACAUCCCUUAAAGCGUGACAUUCUCGAAAAGGUACUGUCAAAAGCUUCAGGGAGACAGUCGGCGGUUUUUGCCUCAGUGCAGGAUCAAUUCGAAUUGUGUCUUGUCAAAUGUCGCACCAAUUCACACUCGGUUCAACAUGAGAACAAAUAUCGUGAUCCUAAGACAAAGCAUUGCUAUGGUGAGACAGAAGCCCACGAGUCUCAAAAAGAAGUCUCUGGAAUUGCUGUCCAUUAACAUAGCAGCUGACACAUUAAAUAAGUUAUAAAAAUGAUAAGAUUUUAAUCGGAAUUUCUGUGUUUUAGUUUGUGUGAAAUUUUUCGUUUGGUGUUAUUUUUAAGUGGUUUUUAUUUUGUAGCAUAAAUGUAAAGUUAGGAAAUAUAAAUAGGUACAUAAAAUUAUAUAAUGAACGUAUGUAUUGUAUAUAUGAUUUAUAUAUAUACAUUGUAGGGAAGAACAAAAGGGUAAGAGAAAUAGAUAACAAUAUUCAAUAAAAGAAAUCUUACAAAAGUU